GAGAGCGAGGGCUUCCUCUCCUCUCCGUUUCCUCUCAGCUAUGGGCUCUUCUGGAAGACGCAUGCUCUGGACUCUGUGUGUGUGUUUCACUGCUCUGGAAAAUGCUGCACUCAGGGUAACUAUGAGGGAAUCUAGCGUCAAGGUGGUUCAAGGGGAUGUUGUGGUCCUGCCCUGCUCUUUCUUCACCUCCAGCCCCCUCUCCAGACUCAACGUUAUCUGGACUCUGGCUCCCUUCUCCAGUCCUGAAACCCCAACACAGGUGAUUGUGUAUGACCACGGACAGGUGAUUGAAGACCCCUCAUUCAUUGGCAGGGUGGGUUUUACAGGUAUUCCCUGGAGUGCAGAUAUCGUCCUGAAUGACACGCGUGUAUCGGAUGCCGGUACUUACCGCUGUAUGGUCAAUAACCCACCAGAGACCGCCGACCCCGGCAUUGGAGAGCUGGCGCUCAGUGUUCUGGCGCCGCCUUCGCUGCCCGUGUGCCAGUGGGACGGAGACGUUGAUAUGGGAGGAAGUGUCACGCUGUCCUGCUCGGUGGCGGAGGGCGUCCCCAGUCCAGAAAUCCGCUGGGAUAAACUAAAUCCAGAAGAAAUUACACUUCCCAUCAACAUGGAGGGCUCUCUCUCAGGCUCCGUCCAGAUUGUCAACGUCUCGUCUCAGACGUCCGGUUUGUAUCGUUGCUCCGCCAACAACCUCCUGGGAACGGAGAACUGCUACGUCAACCUGUCCAUUUACACAACCCCGGACAGUUCCUCGGGCCUCCUGCAGGGGGUGCUGCUCACCUUGUCCAUGAGCUUGGUGUUGCUGGCGCUGCUGGUGCUCCUGCUGUGGCUCCAUCGCACAGGACAGGACGGCAGGUGGAGGGAGGGCAGAGAGGAGGAGGAGGAGUGUUACAAUGAGAUCCGAUAUACUCCGUCUCUGAUGAAGCGUUCGUUUGUUUGA